AUGGCGGACCAAGCAGACCAGUUCAAGCAGGGCCACAGCAUUCCUGUGACCAAGCAGAGCUUCCCUGGAAAGGAGUCUGAGAUGCCCAACGAGCCAGAGCCCCAGCGGACAUACCUCCCAGGCGAGGAGGGACAGAAGAUUCCCUAUCUCGCAGCUGGAAAGCUCAAGGGAAAGAACGCCGUGAUUACAGGAGGUGACUCAGGGAUCGGACGGGCGACCGCGCUGCUCUUUGCCGAGGAGGGUGCCGACUCGCUGAUCGCCUACCUUCCCGACGAGGAGAAAGACGCCCAGGACACCAAGAAGGCAGUCGAGGCUCGUGGCCGCAAGUGCCACCUGUUCUCGGCAGAUCUCUCGAAGCAGGAGAACUGCAAGAAGCUGGCCGACCAGGCAGUCAAGACCUUUGACGGCAGGAUUGACAUCUUGUUCAACAAUGCUGCUUACCAGAUGAUGGUUGAAGACAUCAAAGACCUUCCGGAGGAUCAAUGGGUGCACACGUUCAACAUCAACAUCCACUCUUUCUUCUACCUCUCCAAGUACCUGCUGCCACACAUGAAGUACGGCAGCACCAUCAUCAACAACGCCUCCAUCAACGCCUACAUCGGACGGCCAGACCUGCUGGACUACACGUCAACAAAGGGCGCGAUCGUGUCCUUCACCCGUGGACUGAGCAACCAAUAUGUCAGCAAGGGUAUCCGCGUCAACGCGGUCGCGCCAGGGCCGGUUUGGACUCCGCUGAUCCCUGCGACAAUGAACGACGAGGCGCAGAAGCAGUUCACCGCUCCGAUAGGCCGCCCCGGCCAGCCGAGCGAGAUUGCGGCGUGUGUUGUGUUCCUGGCGAGCGCGGAUUCAUCAUGCGUGGCAGGGCAGACAAUCCACUGCAACGGGGGCGUGAUUGUCAAUGGUUAA